AUGGAGAUAAUGAAAAUCCUAAAACAGUACAUGCUAUUUCCACAAACGGAGGUCAAAAAUUUCAGACUAUACAGCAGGACCAAAAGGAUUAGUAGUCGUAGCAAUCUCAUCGAGUUCUUCAACUACUGCAACUACAUCAACUUCUGGAAGUACACCAAAAAGAGAAACUGUGUCAAGUCCAGUAACAACCCCAAGUGCAGUUGCUGCAACUCAACUAGGGGAAACAACAAAUACAGCAGCUUUGUCAU